AUGUUUUUCACAUACGUCGUGAGGCCGGGAGAGGCACCUGAGGGCCGGGGCCCUCAGUUUGAGCCUUUCUGGAGUUUCGUCGCGAACUACAGCCUUCGCCUGGGGCUAUUCACAUUGCUUGGGGCAUACAUUUGCCUCCUGAUGACCGUCUCUGCAGGGAUGAACGACCCCUUGGCUCUUUUAAAUGUUCUUCGGGCUGCCCCUGAGUCUGCUGGCAAAUGCCCCCUAUGGGCUGCUCAGGUUGGCUGUGGGCUCUUCAUUUUGGGUUAUUUGAUCGUCUUGGCCUUCCAAUCUCUCACCGAUGACGACAGCAGCAUCAAGCAGUCUCGAGGGUACAGGAGCGGCAGCAAGUUCCUUCAGCAGGCUUCUUCUUUCGGCGUAGUGUCUGCAACAUUGAGUUUGUUGGUGGUGUACUCGGCAAAUUAUUACUUCGAUGAUCUCUGGCUAAACAAGAAUUUAGGGGGAGGCUCUUCUUGGCUGAUCUUCUUCAGUGCGCGUCUCUGUGACGCUAUUGCCAUGUUCCUCUUUGCAGGAGCUUUCUUCUUCCUUGAAACCUAUCACUCAGAAGGUGCUGGAGAGGCCUGGGGAUGGCUUGGGGCUAUUUGCUUUAAAUUGACAGCACUUACAGAAGUCGUGGCGUUGGCUACUUGGGGGCAUUCCUCCUUCCCUGUUUGGGAUGCAAUGUACACCGUGAUGUUAGGGGUGUCUUUAGGAGUAAUGUUUCUAUGGUCUUUGUUCUUUGAGCCUGUUAGUCAUCGCUUUGAUGUACGUCUUACGCAAUCAGCAAUGCGCAAUGAAUAUUAUAAAUCUAGAAAUGCAAUGGCUUACUAUGGGCCUGCUGUAGUUAAUGCUGAUGGAGAGAUAGACAUCGCUGCUGCAGCACAGCAAGCACAGGCCUGUCUUAAUUGCUGCGCCUAA